AUGCACGCGAUAAGACGCGAGAUCAUCCCACCCUCUGGUAUAUCCCAUGCCGUUUCUCUUCAACUCAUCCCACCACGAAAACAGCGGAACUCGUCAAAAGGCCGAGAAAGGACAAUAUGCCAACUCGUGGUGGCGAGGAGCAGCUUGCUCCGGGUGUUUGAUGUUAAAGAGGAGGGAGAUCUGAGAGAGGAGGCGACUGGGGAUCAAGUGAAGCUGGAAGACGAGGAGAAGCUGGAAGACAAGGAAAAGCUGAAUGGCGUGAACGGUGACUCGAAGGUAAAUGUUACUUUUCAAUUCCGUAUCUCGCGCACAUACGUGAAUGCAUGCUUCUACGCGUCGACAUCCUAUUUCAUUCUUGCGACCCACAGUGAGCUGACGGUAAGCCAGGCUGCGGUACGAACGCGACUUCACCUCGUGCGCGAACACCGGAUGCACGGCUUCGUCACCGGCUUGGAGAAGGUGCGUACACUCGCAAGCGGAGAAGACGGGAUGGACAGGCUGCUCGUCUCGUUCAAAGAUGCCAAGAUCGCCCUGCUUGAAUGGUCCGACGCGAUAUACGACCUCUCAACAGUCUCGCUACAUACAUACGAACGUUCCUCUCAAGUCUCAACAUCAGAGGCAUCCGAGCACCGUCCUCUCCUCCGCGCCGACCCCGAAUCUCGGUGCGCCGCCCUCCUCUUGCCAAAAGACGCGCUCGCCAUCCUGCCCUUCGUCCAGCGCACGGGGCUCGACCUGGCCGAUCCUGCCCGAGACAAGGAAAGGGAACAUCAGCCAUACACGCCGUCCUACGUCUUCCCACUUUCAGACGCGGACGAUACCCUCCGUCAUGUGCUGGACUUCUGCUUCCUCCCUUCCUUUCACACGCCUACUCUCGCGAUCCUCUACCAGCCUGCCCAGAACUGGACCGGCCGGCUAAGCCAGACGAAAGACAAUACUUCCCUGGCGAUUGUCACCCUCGACCUGGUGGGCAAGGGUGCUGCGGCCGGAGGGGGAGCGGGAGGAGGAGGAGCAGUAAUCUCCCGUACCCAUGGUCUGCCGUACGACGCCUUCUCCCUCCUGCCCGCCCGGGAAGGCAGCACCUUCGGCGGUGUCGUCGUCUUAGCUGGGAAUAGCGUGCUACACGUCGAUCCUGCAGGCCGAAUUGUCGGUCUCGCCGCGAGCGGGUGGCACGCCCAAUCGAGCGCACUCCGCUUCCCCCUCUGGGCAUUCACUGCCGAGGAAGGGGAGACAGAGGAGCGCAAGCUUGAGGGAUCCCGGCUCUGCUGGGCGGGGGAACAGCAGUUGAUCCUCGUUGGCGCCCAGGGGUGGGCCAGGGAGCUGAAGGUUGGUGUGGAGGGGAGGAACGUGAGUUCUUUGAGUGCGGGGCGGAGGCUGGGUCGGACGAGUGCUCCGGCGGUCUUGUGUCCUGUUGGGGAACAGUCUGGGCGGGCGUUGAAGCCUACCGGCAGGGACCUGGUAUGGCUUGCCAGUGAGGCGGGACAAAGUGUCCUCCUCCAGGUGCACAAGGGUGAGCCACGGGUGGAGGAGGUCAAACCUAACGGAGAAGAGAAGGAGAUCGAAGGCGAGGAUAUGGAGAUCGACGCUGAUUCAGACAAGAACGACGACCUUGCGGACAUCUAUGGUGACUCUGGACUCCCGGCUGCCGCUGCGUCGGGCGUAACUGCCGGACCGGCAUUACCUUGGCUCACCCUGGAAGUGCUGGAUGCGCUCCAAGGACAUGGCCAAAUCGCGGAUAUGAGCUUUGCCCUCUCAUUCCGCUCAGGCCCGGACAGGCCCACGCCCAAGCUGGUGUGUUCUACACCGGAAGGGGAAAGAGGCGCAUGGACGGUGUAUGAGAAUGGCCUGCCUAUCAGGGUGAAGAGGCGGGUUCCGGCGGUGGCGGGGACAAGGGGCAUUUGGAGCUUGAGAGUUAGGAGGGGGGACAGAGCGCGCAGAGGUGGAAGGAGGGAACGGGGGGAGAGGGAGUGGGCGGACGGGGAGGAGAGGGACAACCUGAUUGUUAGCACGGAUGCUACGCCUUCCCCGGGGAUUUCUAGGACGAUCACGGUCGACUCGCGUGGAGAACUGCAGAUCAUCUCCCGUCUCCCGGCACUCACCCUCGCCGCAGGGGUGUUCUUCUCCCACACAUGCGUCAUGCAAGUCACGCCGGAUUCGCUUCAUCUCCUGGACGGGGACGGGAAGGAGCUUCAAGUGCUUAAGGAUAAUGAGGGGAAUAAAGAGGCGUCUCCAAUUAUCAAGGCGUGCGUGGAAGAUCCUUGGGUCGUGGUGACCCGUGAGAAUGGCAGUGUGGCGCUGUAUUUGGGUGAUCCGGGGAGGAGGAGACUAAGGUACAAGGGGUUGCCUGCGCAUAGGGAAAAGACGGCGACGUAUGCUGCGGCGAUGAUCUACACGGAUUAUAAGGACCUGUUGCCUGCGCCGCAUGUUGAGGAACCUACUAUUAACCUGCGCAAACGGCGAGCUUCGUCCUUGGAUGCUGUGGAGGAUGCCCUGAAGGAGGAGGAGCACAUUUCGAUCGAGCCGGAGAGCAAACGUCGACGGCUGCGAAGUUCGGACGAAAAGGUCGAGGAACAUGAUCGGAGGGAGGAAAAUGGUUUUGGGCCUGGCUCUGGGAGAUCAGGGCGGCAUUCGGCGAGAGAGAAGGAGCGGGAGAGGGUCAAGGAGAAGGAAAGGCCUCAUGCGUCUCGGGAGAGGGAACGGGAGAGAUCCAAGGACAAGGACAAAGACAAAGACAAGGAGCGCAGUCGACGGGACGAAAAGCGAGAUACCAAAGAAAGCAGCAGACGACACAGGGACUCCAAAGAUGGGCGUGAGAAAGACGGGAAGGAAAAUGGCACCUCUAAGGAUAGCAGAUCUCACAGACAUCGUGAGAGCGCGGAGAAGGAGAGUAAGGAGAAGGAGAGAGCUGGGAGAAGACAUGAAUCGGAGAAGAGAAAAGAAGUUGACCAGGGACCUACUGUGUCACAAUGGCUUUUACUCUAUAACGCGAAUGGAAGGCUGGAGAUCUGGUCAUUGCCGAAGAUGACGCUGGCCUUUAGCACAAGGCUCUUGUCUGAAUGCAGAACAGUGCUGGAUGACGCAGCAGCCGCAGCUGAGCCUGAGGAAGGUGCAGAUGAGAUGAUAAACAUCGCUCCAUUGCAGGUUGAAGAUGUCGUUCUCUGCCCGAUAGGCGAUGACUGUGUAUCGCUGUAUCUCCUGGUAUACUACACCGAAGGACGCCUGGCGGUAUAUGAAGCGACACCGAGAACGGCAACGGAAGCGGAUAGCACAUUCCAAUAUCGUUUCACGAAGGUUGCGACCCAUUUCGCGGAUGCAGAGCAGCAUGCUGCCAUUCGGCAGAUGUUGCCGGAAGCUCGGAGAUUGCAGCUACCUUCUCGACGGGCUCUGAUACCUUUCAUCUCAGACAUUAAGGGUGGCACAAGUGCAGUUUUCCAGCGCGGAGAAGAGCCAUGUUGGAUCAUGGCGAGUCGCCAAAACGGUCUGCAGAUCAUUGCAUACUCCAGUCCACUCGUUUAUUCAUUCACUCCGACUUCUCUCUUUGGUAAUAGUGGCGAUUUCAUCCUUUACGGAGAAGAGGGUCCAGUGCUUAUGGAAUUUGAUGAAGAGCCAGACACGGGGCGAGAGCUGUCUUGCCGGCAUAUCCAUUCAAAAAGAUCGUACACAUCGAUGGCCGUGGAUCCUGGGAGUAAUCUUGUGGCUGCUGCUUCGUCGUUAAAGUCAUUUUUCUUGCUUUAUGACGAUGAAGAGCAGCCCUUAUGGGUACCGGAAUCUACCGCACUCUUUGGCCCGAUGGCUGAAUGCUCGUCACUGGAGCUAGUCUCGCCGGAUACAUGCCAGACACUGGAUGGUUACGAUUUUGCUCCAAACGAAUUCAUCAACGUUGUCAAGAGUGUCAAUUUGGAGACGCUAAGUUCGGAAAGCGGUUUCAAGGAUUAUAUUGCGGUGGGCACGUCUACAUUUAGAGGGGAGGAUCUCGCUGUUCGGGGUGCAACCUAUAUUUUCGAGGUCAUCGAGGUGGUCUCGUAUCCGGAUGAUCCGCUGCCUCCGUAUCGGUUGAAACUCUUGUGUCGCGACGAAGCAAAGGCUCCCGUCAAUGCAAUAUGUGGUCUGAAUGGCUAUCUCGUCUCUUCUCAAGGUUUCAAGGUCUUCGUCCGAGCUUUCGAGCAAGACGAAAGGCUUGUGGGCGUCGCAUUCAUGGACGCAGGCGUCUGCGUUACUAGCCUCACGCGUUUGAAAAACUUGCUCUUAAUUGGUGACGCGAAGCGUAGUGUAUCCUUCGUUGCUUUCCAAGAGGAUCCUUUCAAACUGCGGCCUACUUAUGUAACGGAUGCUGCUUUCCUCUUCGACGAGGGUGACUUCAGUAUCCUUGCUGCCGACGACGAAGGUACUCUUCGGUUGUUCGAAUUUGACCCGAAUCUGACCGGUGCAACUCAUGGGAACCCGCUGAUAUGCGAAACCGAAUUCAAUGGUCAGUCAGAGCAUACACACAUCCUCGCUAUCGCGGGCCGAGGCAGGGAAGAUCCCGAAGAGAUGCAGAUUCCCGAAGCCCAACUCAUCUUUGGCACCAUUGACGGCACAUUAGGUACGAUCUCGCCAGUACCAGAUGAAUGCUUCAAGCGCUUGCAGCUCUUGUCUGGUCAGCUUAUGCGAAGCGUGCAACAUUUUGCUGGUCUCAAUCCACGUGCCUUCCGUACCGUCCGCAACGAUCUUCUAUCUCGACCACUCAACAAGGGCAUGCUAGAUUAUGACUUGCUCCACGCGUUCCGCGAGCUCGACAUUCGCCGACAGGCAACCAUUACGAAACAGAUUGGCACAGAUACAAUUACUAUUCUUCGUGAUAUUCGAUCUCUUGAGGAAAUCUGGUAA